CAUGCGCUCUCGUUUCUGACGCUCCGGAGCGGCCCAUUUGCGCCCGCCCAUGGUGGGCUGCCAGUUUUACCCAGAAUGCUCCGCGCGCGGUAGUCCCCCACCCAUCCUCCGCUAGCCACUUCCUCGGUGGAUAACACCCAUGCCUGUUUCGGAAGAUGGACAGCAGGUUUUUCGGUGGUGACUAAACGGACCCGGCCCAAUGGAUAGUUUCUCAGAGAUGUACCUGGAAUAACUAUACUGCAGUGGUUUGCUUCCUCUUGUGCGGUAAUCUUUGGAACCAACGGCGGAGUGCAAGACGUUGUUAGGCCUAAUGUCAUGGGCUGUUUUGGAGGCUCGAGCUCAAAAAGCGACGCCGAAGAGGAUAAACGCCGGAAGGAAGCCAAUAAGAAAAUCGAGAAACAGAUUCAAAAGGACAAACAGAUUUAUAGAGCAACACACCGGCUGUUAUUACUAGGUGCCGGUGAAUCUGGAAAGAGUACAAUAGUGAAACAGAUGAGAAUACUCCAUGUGAAUGGUUUUAGUGAGGAAGAGAAGAAACAAAAAAUAGAAGAUAUAAAAAAGAACAUACGAGAUGCAAUCCUGACUAUCACAGGUGCCAUGAGCACGCUGGUGCCACCGGUACAGCUGGAGAAAUCUGAAAAUCAAUGGCGGGUGGACUACAUUCAGGAUGUUGCCAGCUCCCCAGACUUCGACUACCCUGCGGAGUUCUACGAGCACACAGAGAUCCUCUGGAAAGACAAAGGUGUCCAAGCUGCCUUUGAACGCUCAAAUGAGUACCAGCUGAUUGACUGUGCGAAGUAUUUUCUGGACAGAGUGGCUACAAUUAAGCAACCAGAUUAUACUCCAAAUGAACAGGACAUUCUGCGGUGCCGAGUGUUAACCUCAGGAAUUUUUGAGACAAAAUUUCAAGUGGACAAGGUCAACUUCCACAUGUUUGACGUGGGUGGGCAAAGAGACGAAAGGCGCAAGUGGAUCCAAUGUUUUAAUGACGUGACGGCCAUCAUCUUCGUAACCGCCUGCAGCAGCUAUAAUAUGGUGCUUCGAGAGGAUCCCAAUCAAAACCGGUUGAGGGAGUCUCUUGAUCUGUUCAAGAGCAUCUGGAACAACAGGUGGUUACGAACGAUAUCUGUGAUCCUCUUCCUUAACAAGCAGGACUUGCUAGCGGAAAAAAUCAAGGCUGGCAAGUCUAGGUUAGAAGAGUAUUUUCAAGAAUUUGCGCACUACCAAACUCCCUCGGAUGAACCACGGUUAAAUCCAUUUCAACCUGGAACACCACACACUGUUAUUGAAACGGGAGAAGACCCUGAAGUCAUUCGAGCAAAGUACUUCAUCAGAGAUGAAUUCUUGAACCUCUUCUGUGUCCCUUUAAGCCGUAUUACGACCCACUCAUCCUAUGUUCACCAUGAGUCGCCAGGAUGGCUCCUUUUCCAAGGGGGUGUGAUUAUAGUGAAGAGGAAUGCCCGGCGCUGCAGCCACAUCACCAAUCGUCCGGGAAGCGCAAGCUCAAGAUUGCCUGGGCUGCUCUGGUUGAGCGCAUUAGCACAGCCAGUGGAGAUGGCAAGCACUACUGCUACCCGCACUUCACCUGUGCCGUGGACACGGAGAAUAUCCGCCGCGUAUUCAACGACUGCCGAGACAUCAUCCAAAGGAUGCACCUUCGCCAGUACGAGCUCUUGUGAUGUGCGCUUGGCCCCCCUUCUGUUUUUCUCCUCUAGUCUUUUCUUUCUCUCCUCCUCGUACAGAACAGUCAAAGCCCGGCCCUCCAUUUUACUGUGUUGCGUGCAUGUAAGUGACUGUGUGAGUGAGUGAAAGUGCUUAAAGAAAGUUCUGGUGCAGCCGUUACCUUCUCUUUGUUUUUGUGCGCUGUUGUGUUUUGUUACGGCCUCACAACCUCAGCCGGACGCUACUGCGCUCCUCAACACCCCGCCCCCCACACUUCCCUCUUCCUAGUUUGGCACUUGGGCGUGUCUGGCGUGCACUGCCACACACACUGCGUUAGUCUUGGCGCCAGCUGGAAAGCGUUUACUCCCUCUCCCCCGGGUUCUGUGGAGUGUCUUAAUCACUGCCUGUGUUUGGCAUAUCGCCAGCCCUGCUGGGAGCAGGGGCUGUGCAUGGAGACUCCUUGAGGGAUGUGUUUUCUUGGCCAAAUUGCUUACCCACUAACAGUCUGGUGGUGUUCCCUCUUGUGCUGGGACUCGCUCUUGGUUGCACUCUGUGGUGAAAUACUGUUUGCUGCCAAACUGUUUUUAGCUGCUGCUUUUUUUCCUAAGACUUGCUUUGAGUUUUUGAAAAAUUUGGUUGGGCAUUGUAAUGUUUGAGGAUAGAAUAGAAGGGGCAAACUUUCUGUCUGUUCUGUUUUUGUGUGUUUUUUGUUGUAAGUAGGCAUCUUCAGCAUAAUGGUUGUGUGUUUUCGUGAUUUUUAGUGCUAUUUUUAAAUUAUUGAGUUGUUUUAGACUUGUCAGUGGUGGUUAGAAGCAAGAACUGUGCAGUUGGCCUGAUGGAGGGCAAAGGAAGGAGCACAUAAUUAGAGUGGCCAAACACAAACUGAAGAGCUCCCAGGAGUGAAUCCUCCCCAUGUGGGCAUUACUGUACAUUGUCGUUUGCAAUUGCACCAUUGCUAGUGGUUUAUGUGUUCUCUCUGGACAGAUGUUUCUCUGACUUCUCACCACAUUUCAGUUUGGGCAUUUGGCAGCUUUUGCUCACAAGCAUUACAGUGCCUUGCUUUUUAUUGUUUGAAAGGCCUCAUUUUGUUAUUGACAAUUGCUUUAGCCCAUACUAUUUUCUUUUUCUUUCUGUUCUUGGUGGUGUGUGUACACAUUUGUUCUUGCCACCUUCUCCUUUCACAUGGAAGGAAGCCUUGCCUAAGCUAUGAAUGUCAGGUGUGUAGGCUGCCUCUGUUUGGCUGAAAUAUGGCGAUUUGUGACAACUCUCAAGUAUUAUGUCCCUGGCCGUUACACCUAAGCAAGCAUCAAGCAUCAAGUUAUUGGCAGAGUGGCCUCACCAUACUGCUACAAGGGGCAGCCAAAGAAUGGAGCUGCCGAGCAUGGAACUCUGGGUGGCCCUGUGCACACACCUGCCUGGACGCAAUACUGUGCCUGCUGCUGUGGGUUAGCAUUGUUGGCAUUGUGCGUCUUGUCUGCACCUGGUCCCAAGAGCGCCUCUCUCAAGGGACAAAUUCCCUGCGCUGUGCAACUGGAUUUUCAUGCUUGCUUAAUUAAGUAUGGCAAGAGCCCACUACAGUUUUGUCUGAAGGCAUUGGAGCCCGUCCCCAUUGCCCCCCUCUCUUUCUAUUUAUAUAUAUAUAUAUCCCCCCCCCCUAGUUUUUUUUCUUCUUUUUUUCUUUUUUAUUAUUUUUUUUCUUGCUGCAAUCUGAUUUGCCUGGAGCUAUCUGUCUUCAGUGUUUUUGGUGCACUGUGACCAGAGCGCUACACUGAGUUUUGUUGGAGAGGAAAAAAUGUUAGAUUAGUGUGUAUAGGUUUAGUAUUGAAGAGCUUAGCAAAUAUCUGAAGGUUUGUUAGCACUUUCUUAAGGUAUUGUUUUCCUGUACACAUACAAUGCUGUGGCAUCGUUUUAAGCAUCCGAGUUUAGUUGGAGCAAUGUGGCCAGACUCAUGGCUCCCCCCUCCCCCCCCCCCCCCCCUGAUUUCAUUUCAUCCAUGGACAAAAAGUCUGUAUUGCAGUUGUUGAACCAACCACACGGAUGUGAAACACUCCAGCAGGCCAUUUUUAGAUGCCAUUCUACACUGCUGGCCACUGUGCUACACCCUUUUAAAAACUGCUUCCAUUUUGCUCAUGGUAGUGCUUCCAUUUGCUUCUCUGGCCAUAGAAUCAAUUGCUUUGUUAAUUUUUUAACAUGUUGUUUGCGCUUCUUCCUCACCCUCCACACCAGUGAUCAGUGUGCAUUUCUGCGACUGUGUAUAUAUAUAUAACAAUGACGUGGUGGCUCGCAGUUUUAGUGAGUGGAGUGAGGGCACCAUAGAGCAUCCUGCAGUGGGCUUCAGGAAGAAAAGGGUUUCUAGGGACACAGCUGAUAGGUGGAACCCACCCAGGCCUUUUUUCUUUCUUUUUAUUUAUUUUCUCCCUAUUUCCACCGAGUAUUUUUUGGAGGAAAUGAAAAAAAAAAAAGAGGCUUUGUUGUCACCAUUUCUGACAUAUUCCCAGAUAAGAAACAGUCCCCUUCUUUCCUCCUUUAGGCGGUGUUGCUUGCCAUUCUCUCUCAUUAAUAAUGAUGGGGGUGUGCUGCAAACCGAUGACACAAGAAAUUGCUACUAAAGUGGCUGCUACCGUUCGGGUUUCAUUAACUAGUGCACUACACAAGGUUGCAUGUCUUCCUGUGUGGGGUAAACAUUUCCCCCCCCCCCUUUUUUUUUCUUCAGCGUCUCCAGGGUGCCCUUGCCUCAGUACACGCAUCCAGACAUAGGCAAAAUCAUUGUCCGUCCCUGGACUCGCUGGGCAUAGUGUGCAAUUUCUAAAAUGUUAAAUUCUUUUUAACUAGGACAAAUGUGCGCAUGUGAACGUGUGUGUGCAAGGGAGGGCGGGGGAGGCGCUGAAAAGGAUGGCGCUGUGUGGUUAAUUUGCAGUGUGUCUCAACCUGUAUCUUCCUUUCAUCUGCGUUUCUUUUCUGUGCUGCAUUUUUCUCCACUCCGUAUCUUGUACAGAUCCAGGUGACUUUUAGAAGAAAAAAAAAAUGCAGGGGAUAAAUGCAAAAAAAAGACAAAAACAGGUGGUGUUUCCGUACCCAAGUAGGCUCAACUGUUGGAUUUUUUUCUUUUGUAUUUUAAGAAAGAAAGACAUUGUGUUUGUUGUGUAAUUUUUGCGCACUUGUCUGUUUUUACUUGACGAUAAACCUGAACACAAAAGGUC